AUGUCUUCCUCAAAAGGGAACGUUCCUGACCAUGUUGAGUAUUCACCUGGAAAAGACGAUGAUAAUGUUCACUUGGCUAGCCAGAUGCCGACAUGUUUGGUCAAUCUGUCAUCGGAAGAGAGAGAGAAGAUGGAAAAAAAGCUUGUCCGCAAGAUUGACAUCAGGCUCCUCAUCAUGAUCGUAGUGAUGUACAUCUUGAACUAUCUAGAUCGCAACAACAUUGCAUCAGCAAAGCUUGCAGGUCUGGAGGAAGAUCUCAAUUUGAAAGGCGAGCAGUAUCAGACAUCAGUCAGCAUCCUGUUUGUUGGAUACCUUCUCAUGCAAGUUCCGUCCAACAUGAUUCUCAACAAAUUUGGCAAGCCAUCGAUAUAUCUUCCUGGUUGUAUGCUGGCGUGGGGAAUAUUAUCCACGUGCACAGCUGCGACUAAGAGCUAUGGGGGUCUACUUGCGUGCCGAUUUAUCCUCGGAUUUGUCGAAGCAGCUUAUUUUCCUGGCUGCCUUUACCUGCUUUCAGCAUGGUACACGCGCAAAGAACUAGUGAAACGAACGGCAUUUCUUUACUCGGGCUCCUUAAUUUCUGGUGCCUUCUCAGGGCUUAUUGCAGCUGGCAUUACCAAUGGUUUGAGUGGCGCACGCGGAAUCUCUGCGUGGAGAUGGUUGUUCAUUAUCGAGGGAGCUAUCACAAUUUUUGUUGCUUUGAUUUCCAUCUUCAUUAUACCGGAUCUGCCACGUACGACAUCCUGGCUGACCGACGAUGAAAAAGCCCUUGCUGCUUGGCGUCAGACAGAAGACAUUGGCGAGGAAGAUUGGGUUGACAGUGAGCAGCAGUCUAUGUUUCACGGAGCAAAGCUUGCUUUCAAGGAUUAUAAAGUCUGGCUUCUUCUCGGGACAAUCUAUGGGUGCACUGCAUCGGGUGCCGUGACAACCUUUUUCCCAAUUGUAAUGUCAGGCCUUGGAAAAGACAGCGUCACGACCUUGCUUCUCACCACUCCGCCAUAUUUGAUCGGAACUAUCGUUGUUCUCAUUGCCGCGUGGCAUGCCGACAAGACCGGAGAGCGAUAUUUGCAUAUUGCACUUCCCCCAAUCCUAGCAAUUGCUUGUUUCAUCAUUGCAGUAACAACGACAUCUUUUGCACCGCGAUAUGUUGCUAUGUGCCUCAUGAUCGGCGGAAUCUAUUCGAGCUAUGUCGUAGUGCUCGGGUAUAUUUCGAACAUCCUCCCACGCCCUGCGACAAAGCGAGCCGCUGCUUUGGCUCUGAUCAAUUGCUUAAGCAAUGUCUGUCAAGUCUACACACCUUAUUUAUACCCGAAUUCUGCAGCACCUCAAUACACUAUGGCAUUCUCCUACAAUAUCGCCAUGUCAGCGGUGACCAUAAUUUUCGCCACUAUCCUCAGGAUUGUUCUAGGCCGGCUGAACAAAAGGUUGGCAGAAGAAGAGGGUACAAACAUUGCAUCUUCAAGUUCAAGACGGGAGAAUGAAGAGGAAGGACUUCCUGGCCGGGCAGUUACUCAGGGUUUCAGAUUUUUGCUCUAA